AUGCAGAGUGAAGCACCAAUACUGUUGCCACGAAAACGACAGUCAUCGCGGAUGAAAAUGGCACCUUCUGUGAAAUGUUUCCUGGUUACAAUGCUGUUUGUGAUCGCUAUUCAGGGUACCUAUCUUGCAUACGUGGUUGGCAUACUAACAAAUCUGGAACGACGAUUUGGCAUAUCGAGUAAAAAAUCCGGUGCUCUGUUAUCAUUUUAUGAUGUCGGCCAUACUAUAUCUGUGAUGCUAAUUGGUUUUCUGGCCAGUGACAAACAUUUACCCAGGAUUACAGCCAUAGGAGUGUUACUUAGCGCAGUUUCGAUGUUUAUACUGGCUUUACCGAUGGUAUUAUUUGAAGCGAAAUCAUCCACUGAAGCAUCGCUAUCAUAUGAACACGAUUACAUUCUCAGAAAUAUUUGCGAUCCAUCACGAGUUACUGUUGACUUAGACCACAACUGUGAAUUUCAAGAGGAUGAGCAUUUUUUGGCGUUUUGUAUUUUGAUCAUUGGCCAAAUCCUAGCUGGCAUUGCCGCUGCGCCAUUCAAUACAGUGGCUUAUGUUUACGUGGACAAUAAUUUGGCAGAUAAAACAAAAUCACCAUUUUACUUGAGUUUGUUAUCCAGCAUGUAUGCCUUUGCGCCAGCUUUUGGAUUCGCAUUAAGUGCAUUUGUGACAAGGUUAAAUACGACAAUGGUUGAUGUACCUUCAAGUGCGACAAUCAAUAGCGAUGAAUGGAUUGGAGCUUGGUGGCUUGGUUUCAUCAUUUUUGGUUUGCUUUAUUUGACCGGUGCCAUACCAUUACUUUGCUUCCCCAAAAAGCUGUUGCAAUAUGAUUCAAAUUCGUUUGAAAUGCAGCAACUAAGGAAAGGAUGUCAGCAUGAUCAUGAUGAUCAUCAGAUCAUUGUUUCCGAAAACGACGAACGACCGGAAGAAAUAUUUUGUGAACAACUAAAAGCAACUGUCAGCGAAUUUCCGAGAUUGAUAAAGAAUCCGGUGUUCACAUCAAUGAUAAUUGGAUGGAUGUUUGGUUCAUACCUUACUAGUGGUUAUAGCACUUAUUUGCCGAAAUAUAUCGAAACACAGUUUGGUCGAAGCGCAUCAGCUGCUGAUACUUAUGCUGGUAUAGUAUCAAUUGGCAGUAUAGCGGUUAGCACAGCACUGGGUGGUUAUUUGCUGACGAAUUUCAAUCCAUCACCUCGAAAAGCGCUGCUUUUUUUGAUUGCCACUUGGUCCAUUAUUGUAAUCACUUACUUGAUCGGUGCUAUAGUUGGCUGCGACGAACCACAAGUGAAACAACUCCUUAUUGGUGCUAUCAAUGAAGAGAAAUUCAACGGUAACUUAGAAUGUAGUUUUGAAUGCCAAUGCAGUCAAGUAGAUCUAUUUAAUCCAGUAAAUUAUCACACAACAAAUUAUUUCUCACCAUGUCAUGCAGGAUGUCGCGACUAUAACUCUCAUUUGCAAAAGUGGGACUUGUGCUUAUGUGCUGACAAUGGUCCAGUUGAAACCGGUUUAUUUGUGGAUGAAUGUAAUGCUGUAUUCAUUUACGUUGCUAUCACGUUUACAGGCUUAUUUUUUGGCAAUUUAUUUUUCAUGACAACGAUGAUGGUUGUAUUAAGAUCUGUGUAUGAUGACGAGAAGGUUCUGGCACUUAGCUUUGCAUCCUGCAUCACAAAUAUCAUGGGCUUUAUUCCGGGUCCGAUAAUCUUUGGUUGGAUUAUUGAUGAAGAUUGUCUUCUGUGGCACAGCAACUGUCCCCAUGAUCGUGGUAACUGUGUCAUCUAUGACAAUAAAGCAUUUCGACAAAGUUUUCAUUUGACGAGUGCUGGCUUCCAGUUCCUAGCCGUCAUUUCAGUUAUAAUUUGUUAUGUGUUUAGUUGUAGAUUUACAUUUCCAGAAGAGGAAAGGGAAGAAGAAGUAUAUCAUGAAUAUGUUGAAAAGCAAAUUGAUGGUUCCACCUCACGAUCACAUGUUACACAGACUGUUUUAUAGGUACUUGAAAUAUUUGAAAAGUUUUGCAAUGUAAUUGGAAUCUGGAAAAAUUGGAUGGAUUGCGAAGUUUCUCUGUAUUACUAAUCAUAAUUAAAAUCAUUUAAAUUCACUGGUCCGAAAAAUUUUGUAAUGAUCUCUCCUUUAUUUUUAGCAUGCUUUUCCUUCUAUGCAUUGUUGUGCUGUUGAAUUUUUUCCAAUAAAAA